AGGCGCUAGGGGGCGCGCUCCCUCACCUACCGACACGUCACAACGUCCCUGUCUGCCUGCCUGCGUCCAAAAACAUCAGAGACCGCCUACGACUCUGCUCCAAGACUCCGAGCUGUAGAGAACAUUUAGUUGUCACUCUCUAGCUCUGCCUCCCAAUGGCAUUCUGACCAAGGAAUCGUACAGGUUAAAUGGUGGAAAUUGGCCUAAUGGAGGCGAAGUGAUCAACUCUGCAGAGGUGCAGCCAAGUGGAAUGUUGCGUUGGUCUGUCCACCUUGAAGGAGGGCCACGGAGAGUCAAUCAUGCCGCUGUGGCCGUGGGGCACAAGGUGUACACCUUUGGGGGCUACUGCUCCGGGGAGGACUAUGAGACGCUACGUCAGAUUGACGUGCAUGUUUUCAACACUGUGUCCCUGCGCUGGAUGAACUUGCCCCCGGUGAGGCCCGUUGGACAUGAGCGUGCUCGAGAAGUGCCAUACAUGCGUUAUGGUCACACGGCAGUGCUACUGGAUGAGACCAUCUACUUGUGGGGGGGACGCAAUGACACUGAAGGGGCCUGCAAUGUGCUGUACGCGUUCGAUGUCAAUACCCACAGAUGGUUCACACCAAGAAUUUCUGGGACAGUUCCAGGGGCAAGAGAUGGUCACUCAGCCUGCGUUCUGUUCAAGGCAAUGUAUAUAUUUGGAGGAUACGAGCAGCUGGCUGACUGCUUCUCUAAUGACAUCCACAAGCUGGACACCACUACCAUGCAUUGGUCUUUAAUUGAUGUCAUGGGCAUUCCAGCAAGCUGGCGGGACUUCCACUCAGCAACCAUCAUCGGGACAAAAAUGUUUGUAUUUGGAGGACGAGGGGACCACUUUGGUCCAUUCCACUCCAACAAUGAGAUCUACUGCAACAAAAUAGAAGUGUUUGAUACACAGACCAAUACCUGGUUGAGCUCUCCAACAACACAGCUCUUACCCGAUGGACGCAGGAGUCACUCAGCUUUUUGCUACAAGGGGGAGCUGUACAUAUUUGGAGGCUACAACGCCGAUUUGGACCAGCACUUCAAUGAUCUCUGGAAAUUCACUCCAGAAGCCUUUUCAUGGACGAAAGUAGAACCCAAGGGGAAAGGCCCAUGUCCUCGAAGACGACAGUGCUGCUGCAUGGUUGGGGAUCGAAUCAUCCUCUUUGGAGGAACCAGUCCCUGUCCUGAGCAAGGGAUGGGUGAUGAAUUUGACCUCAUGGAUCAUUCGGACCUCUACAUCUUGGAUUUUAGUCCUAAUUUGAAGACAUUAUGCAAAAUAGCUGUAAUUCAGUACCGUCUGGAGCAGUCGGGCCUUCCGCAUGAUAUCAGGUGGGAACUGUCUGCCAUGACCACCAACAGCAACAUCAGCCGGCCUAUCGUCUCACCCCAUGGCUGACAUAUAGCUGAAUAUGAAGCAGAUUAUUAUUUUUUUUCUGCCAGAUCCAUCUGAGCAUGGAGGGACUGUUUUGUCAAAUACAGAUCUGUGCUGGAUUUAAUCUCAUUUAUCCAAAAUGUCCCACAAAGGACUUGUUCGGACUCAGUGAACUUUCUCAUGCUCAGGGUGUUUCACACAAGGAAAAGUAAAAUGGGUUUGACCUGCUCACCCUCUCCCUCUAUUAUUAUUAUUUUAUUUUAUUUUUUUCUCGUUAAAAAUUCAAUCAGCCUAUGAUAAUCAUAGACUUUGAAGCACAGGACGAAUGAGAGUGGAAAAAAAAAACAAAAGCUCAUGUUGAUGUCAUCAAACACAACUAAGCUUUAAGAGACAAAUUUGAACACAAUCUCGAAAUAGAAUGUACAUUUAUGUAGACGCAUACCAUGUCCAUUUGCAGCUAAUGGGUCAAUAGACUUUACAUUUUGGUGUUCAGGAACAUUGAUUAUUGGGUGCUGUACUGGCUUAAAAAAAAGACUUUUUGAGACGCUUCACUUUUUGCUCUUGCUUCAUCACCACCCAAGGAGCACCCCGGUGCCCCACAGUGACUCACCGCUUCUGUACUAGGCAGUUGUGAUCACUUUGUCCAUCUCCCUCCCCCAUAGUUUGUCUCAAUGUUUUGAAUAAGACUUUCCCAUCUUACUACAUGAAAUUCUGUGGCUGUGCUGUUGCUCACCUGCUGAACUACACCUCCCCCGCCCCCAACUUUGCUGUGCCAAAUGCAAGAAAUGAAUCAUAGCAUAAUUUGUCAUCUACACACUUUUGUUGAAUAUGCAUCACCAAGCUCUUGCUCUUUUAGACAAUCCACGUGGUGUCAAGACAACUUUCCUCAUGACUUGCUUACUGACUCCAGGAGAGCGUGCGUGCACGUCUUCUGCGCCACUACGAGUGACCGGAUACAAAUGCAUAAGGGCUGCCUUAAAUUUCCACUUUCUUGAACGAACUUUCUUUAUGUUUAAUAGUAGGUUUAUAUUCUAAUACCCUUUAUGUUUUAACAAGUCACUUGAAAUCAUCAAACAGCUGCUCUUUUAAAAAAAAAUAAUAAUAAAAUAAUAACUGUCAAAAGUCCCAAGCCUAUUUGUUCUCAAGAUAUACAGGACAAAUAUCUUGGGAUGUCACUCACUUUGUUUUAUCAUUAACCUUUGUCACAGCGCUCAUUUUGACAUUGUAAACCAGUAAAUAGUGUGACAGGUACAUUUAGAAUGAUUACAUGAAUACCACAAACCCCAUUUCCAUUAAAAAGAAAAUAUAAUAUAAAAACGUGGUGCUUUUGGUAUGAUGGUAUUUUUAUUAUGUCAUUAUUAUUAUUAUGUUAUUUACUAUAAUGUUAUGAAUUACAAUGGCACCUCCUGGCUAUGUGAUCUACCCCCUAACAGGACGUAGUUAUUGUAACACACUUUAAGCAAACAUAGCCAAACAUAGAUUUCUUUUCAUGCGUGAUUGUCAUUACAAAGACUUUGGCACAGUACUGUAUGUAUUAAGGAAGGGGAUCACUGCCUCACUGUCCUUUUGUGUCACCUAAUUUGGACUAAAAUACAUUUAUUGAAGACUAUUUUCAGUUGUCAAGUCUAUAUUUACAGCCUCAACUCACUGUGUUACCUUUGAAUGGCGGGGAAGAAGUGCUGUGAGGCUUUUGCGGCAAGGGCAAUAGGAUCUUGAUAUUGAUCUUUGUGUUGUUUUCGGCAACAAAAUAGAACCUGCGGCAACCUGGGCCCUCGCAGUGCAGACUUAACUGGCCUGCACCGUAAAUGUUUACAAAUGAGCGUAGUAUGUUAAAUUGCAGGUUCAAGACGACAGACUACGGCACUAAAGCAUAUCAGGACAGUCAGAGAGGAGACAACGUGCUGAUCUACACUCAAGGAAAGACCACAGAGCACAGAUGCAUUCUAAUGCUCUCUCUCACACACACAUAACGCACACACACGCACACACACUCACAUGGACAAGUCACGCACAAUACUCAAGUCACCCAAUCCGUGCACACCAGCCACUGAAAGCAUGUCAAGCUGAUGUUACACCAAAUGGCCAUCAGUGAUUCGAUAUUAUUUCUAACUCUAUUGUGCCGCGAUGGUGUUUUUCCUUUGUUUGUGUGUGUGUGUGUGUAAAGACUAUGGGUGAUGAAACUCUUCAGGGACAAAAACACAUCGUUAAGGACACUGUCGGGCAACACAUUUUCUCUGAUAAUGACGCUUACACCUCCAGUAAGGCAACGCUAAUGAUGCUACAGGUGUGUUUGUUUGAAUAUUUUGACCUAAUCUUUUUUUAAUGGCUGUGAUUUCACCCACCCUUUAAGGUAUAAUUUUGAAAAGACGAUAAAGGGGUGUGCCUUGCUUUCCCAAAUGGCUAACGCUGUCAGACUGUGGUACCAGCGACUGUAUUGUGGCCAGUGACAUGGUAUCGUAGUUUAUUGUAUCAACUUGUUACUUAUUCAACCGUCUAAGAUAACUGAGCAAAGUGUAUUCAAUGUUCAAUUAUCCACGUACAUGCUCACCUUUUUCUUUUGUUUUUUUUGGGGGGGUAUUACUGUUUGAGGGGAGAUUGUAAAAUUUGGUCAGGACUUACUGUGCAAUAUGAUUUAGUAAUAAAUCUGAUACAAUUUGA